UGACCCUGAGGCACAGUGUGUAUAUAUACAGUGAGGGGGCGAGCGAGCUGCCCUCUCUCUCUCUCUCUGUGAGGAUGAUCGCUCUGACCGAGAUGAUGAUGAUGGUGGUGAUGAUGUCGCUGGUGUCAGCCGGUCCUCUUCCUCCGUUCAGUCGUGAUGAAAACAUCACACUGAGUCCUCACCUGCACAGGUACGCUCAGGAGAACUCCACCAGGUUCGAGUCUCAUCCAAACGUGAACUCGAGUCUGGUCGAGCCCCCGCGACACGACUCGAUGAACGAGCCACAGUUUGAUCGGGCAACUGUCUUUACCUUCCCUCGCUGCAAACUUGCCACCUGUCUGAUAACAAACCUGGGCUCUGACCUGCAGCGCGGCGAUGAGAAAACGGGCGGAGACACCACAGACCCCCUGGGCUUUGGAAAGAAAUAACAGGAAGUGGAUUUUAAUUUCACAUGAUAAAGUGUUACACUCAGACUAAACACCAGGGGGCAGCACCACAGUGUGUCACUGAUGAAUGUUUUUUAUCUGUCAGAUCUGAACACUACGUUUCCCAUAAUUCUUCACACCUGUCAAUAAACUGCAUUAAUUAAAAUGA